CCCGCGCGGCGCCUCGCUCUCCCGGCGUGCCUUGCGCCGCGCCCCGCCCGCGCCGCGGCGCCCCCCCGCGCUGCCACGCGGCACCGCGCUUCCGCCCCGCGCAAGCCGCGAGCAGCACCAUGGCGGGGACGCCCCCCCAGGAGCAUCUCUUCAACCCCACCACGGAGAACGACCCCCUGGCCGGGCUGGGCAGCAAGCUGGCGGCGCUGCCGGGGCCGGCGCGGCAGUGGCUGGAGGCGCGGCGCGCGGGGGUCCGGCCGUGGGGCGCCUUCCUGGACCAGCGGCGCUUCGGGACCCCCCGCUCCUUCGGGGAGCUCUGCCAGCGCCUGGCCCGCAACGGCGAGCGCUUCCAGAGCAACUACCUCUGCGUCUUCCUCGGCCUCAUCCUCUACUGCCUCAUCACCUCCCCGCUGCUGCUGGUGGCUCUGGGCGUCUUCUUCGGCGCCUGCUACGUCGUCCGCCUGCGCGCCCAGCAGGCCCCCCUGGUCCUCUUCGGCCGGGAGCUGACCACGGCCCACCAGUACGGGCUGGCCGGGGGCGUCUCCCUGCCCGUCUUCUGGCUGGCGGGGGCCGGCGCCGCCGUCUUCUGGGUGCUGGGGGCGACGCUGGUGGUGAUCGGGUCGCACGCCGCCUUCCGCCAGCUCGACCCCCCCGAGGCCCCCGAGCUGCAGAUGGAGCCCGUGUGAGACCCCCCCCCACGGCUGCUGCGACCCCCCCCCGGGGGCAACCACACCCUCCCAGGGCAGCAGUUGCCCCCCAACAUUGCACCCCCCCCCCCAAAUCCCCCAACCCCCCCAACACAGCAGAACACCCCAAAAUGCUGCAUCCCCCCGAGCCCCCCCGCUGCACCCCCCCAGCCUCUCCAGCCCCCCCCAGAACACCCCCAAGCACCGCCCCACUGCCACCCCCCCACUGUCAACCCCCCAAAAUACACCCCCGCACUGUCACCCCCCAAUGCACCCCCCCCAAAAGGCAGCCCCCCCCCACUGCAUCCCCCUGCUGCACCCACAUAUGACCCCCCACAGCACCCCUUUAUUUGGGGGGGGGCAUGUGGGGGCAGAGCCCUACUGCCCCCCCCCAGUGUCUCCCUGCCACAGGACCAGGGGGGAUCAUGGCCCCCCCCAGCCGAGCUGCCCCCCAUUGCCGCAAUAAAGCUGUUGUGUGUCCGGC